UGUAAGAUCAAAACGGAGCUGUGAUGUUGUUAUGAGCAGAAAGAUGUUGUGUUCUCUCACAGGAUGGAGAAGUCCAGGAAGAUCUCUGUCAGCAUCCUCCUGUUUGUCCUGACUGUGGAAAUCUGCUCUGCUCAACACUGGUCUUAUGGCCUGCAACCAGGAGGAAAGCGGAGCGCGGAAAACACGAUGGGAUCAUUUCAGGAGAUUGCAAGUGACACGGCAGAAAUGGGGGAAGUGCAGAGGACAGAAUGCCCAGGCUCGUACCAGCGCUCCAGGCUCAGCGCUCUGAAGGAAGCCGUGGAAAGUCUGAUGGAAGAAGCCAGACGAAAGAAGCCUUAACCCGUGAAGCCAAAGGGAACAGACCCAGAAUAACAUGUCAAAGCUAUCAGAAUUCUCUUCCCAAACCCCUCAAUUCUCUUCAAAUGGACUUUGCUCAGAUUGCUGUAUGUGAAUAAAUCCUCUGCAGUUGCAUGUAAAUAGUAAGAGAUAAUUGUUGUGUUGAUUAUCAGCUUGCAUGUAAAAGAGAACACGUUCCAGUCCAGUGGUGGGGACUCAGCAGCAGAGGGUCUGCUCUGUGUCCUGCAAUGAGAACUUGGACAUGACAGCUUUUGUUUCUCAUAUGCAGACAAUGCCUGGCCAAGGGCUGUGUCUGAUCUCACUGGUCUCUGGAUAAAACAGUAAUGCAACAAUAAAAACCAAGGCUAAACUUACAGCUGGGAUGUAAUUCCACUCGCGCUUCUGUACUCCUUGCAUGAAAGACCUUCGUAUGCUCUUUUUUUCCUGGUUCACUCAUAAAAACUACAUUUAUUUUAAAAAGGUAUUUACAAACUUUACAACAGUUAAUACAUUUUAAAAACCACAACAAUUUAUACACCUUGCUUUACAGACUUAGUGAAUCAGAUGUCAUUUACCCAGAGAGACGCAGACUCCCUUUCCAAAGCUUAGCUCCUGCUCUUUCUCCAGAGCCA